AUGAUUAACGGUAUCACCGGACAAUCACAUGCUAAGCGGGGCAUUAAAACGAUAAUUGCCUCACACGUUCACUGUUACCAAGAAGAAAUCGAAUUGAUGAUCGUUCCCAGAAUCCUGGAUGACCAGCCAAACACAACAAUAGACAAAAAUGCAAUGGAAAUUCCCGACGGUUUGGAUCUAGCCGAUCCCGAAUUUCACAAAUCAAGAGAGAUAGAUAUUCUUCUCGGAGCAAGAAUAUUUUAUAAGGUUUUGGGACCUGGACGAAUCAGUACUUCCACCGGUCCUACUUAUCAAGCAUCAGCUUUAGGCUGGAUUGCGUGUGGAUUGUUCCACCAUGGAAGCUUCAGCACCGCAUCACUGGCUGCAUCGACCUGCAGCAAAAUCGAAUCGAAUUAUCCACAAGAUGAAUUAGCCAAAUUAAUCGAGAAAUUUUGGCGUCUUGAAGAGUCUGGCGUAAAGGACUGGGAACCAAAAGAAAUUGAUGAAUGCGAUGCAGAGUCGCACUUUCGCAACACUCACAAAGUUGCUGCAGACGGCAGAUUUAUCACGAAAAUCCCGUUACGGGGGAAGCCAUCGUCGUUGGGUGACUCUUACCCACAAGUUAACAAGAGGUUCAUGUCGCUCGAGCGGCGACUUGGACAGAAUCCAGGGCUGUACAACGAAUACAAAGCCUUCAUGCAAGAAUAUGAGGAAAUGGUACCCAUCGCCGCAGAGGACCUUCACAAGGUUAAAUACUUCAUUCCGCAUUCAUGCGUAGUGAAACCAGAUUCCACAUCUACUAAGGUGAGAGUAGUGUUCGACGCUAGUGCCAAGACGACUAGCGGGAUAUCCCUCAAUGAUAUUCAAAUCGUGGGACCCACCAUUCAAAGAGAAUUGUUUGAUCAACUGAUCGAAUUCAAAACACACGACAAGGUACUGAUGGCCGAUAUAGCUAAGAUGUAUCGGCAAAUACUGAUUGCAGAUCAAGACACUUGGUUGCAAUGCAUUCUGUGGCGAGACAACCCAGAAAAACCACUGAAAGCAUACAGAUUGAUGACUGUCACGUAUCGUGAAGCAUCUUCUUCAUUUUUGGCCUGUAGGGCACUGCACGAAGCAGCCGAGAGAUAA